CGCGCGAAACCGAAAAUCGCGUAUACAACAAGGGUAACGGCUGGCAGUGUUUCACGCGAUUUCGAAACGUUGAGAUCGUUGCCGCGGUCGCCGUAAGUUGGAAUUGUGAGUGUGUUCGUCGUGCGGAAAAUCAUCGCUGUCAAAUAGAGGCCACAGUGAAUUGCCGAUAUCUAAUACUGUGCAAGGCGAAAUUGUGUGACCCAGCAUUUCGUGAAUGAAAAGUGCGAAAAUACAAAAUACAGAGCAAUAGUGCGAGGUCGGUGGAGUUCGAAUUGAAGAAAUUCCACGAAAUACAAGUGCGGGCGAUUCUCGUGUGCUGGCGAGAGUGCGGCUUGUCCGGGUGUGUGAGUAAAAUUCACGGUAAAUAAAUAAAUAAAAUUUGUGUACACACACAUACACACACACGCGCGCGCUCCUAUUAUUUAUAUAUACACAGCAUGUUGUGAAGUUGCGGCGCAAAAAGAAAGCACGCGAAUAAAACAUAAGAAAAUUUAAUUACGCCUGCGUCUGGGAAAGUGCGUCGUUCUAUUUUGAAAUCGAUACCAAAAUAAAAUACAAAUAGAAAAAAAUCAAAAAAUAAGGUGACACAACAACAACUGGAACAAAAAUGCACGACAACAACAACGUUGCAAAGGGAUCGGCGACGACUAAAUGCAUGAUUGAGAUCACGUGAAAUGAUCAUCGAGUGCCGCGAAGGUGUGAAAGUAAAAAUCAUGUGAAAAUGUGAGAAAAAGUGUGGAAUGCUAUGUGACAACAACCACAAAUACUUGCAAACAAAAGAUCAAGAGAGCAGCGGGAGCAACAACAACAUCGAGAGAAUCAAGAAAAUGAUAACCUAAAUAAAUCAAAUUGCUAGUCAGAAAAAACAAACAACAACUACAACAACAACAACAGAAAGCAGGGAACUCGAAGCCACAGAAAGAGAGAGGAAAAUUAAGUUAUAGAAGUGAUCCGAAUUCCGAUCCCGCGUGCAUUUUCUCCCCCAAUCUCAACCUCUCUGCUCUACGGGUUUUUCCCGAAUUUACAAUUUUCGGGUUUUCUCUUGCCACCGAAGAAAGCUUUCGCCACGAGCUGGAAAGAAAGUGCCAAGGCAGCAGUGAAGAAAAAUAUUAUCGAAACGUGUUUGAAAUUUAUAACAACAAGGAAAAGCGAGGGAAGGUGUCAUUAAUUGUUCUCGACCAAGGUGUUCUGCGUGGAAGGAAUAGAUAAUAAUCUCACUACAAAGUGUUCAAUCAAUGAGUUGCAACGGCGGAACAAAUAGAAGAAAAAUUGCAUUCCAACUGAAGUGAAAUAUUUGUUGCGCUUUUCCGCUGCAACAGAGUGUGAGAGCGGGACGAAAGAUGAUUACCUAGCGGGGGUGAGGGAGACCCAAGAAGCGAAAGUAAAACUCGUGGAAAGCUGAAAAUUUGAGGAAACAAUUUCAUAACACGAAUAGAAACACCGCAAUAUGUUCAAUAUGCCACGGGGAGUGACAAAAAGUAAAUCCAAGCGUGGGAAAAUUAAGAUGGAAAACGAUAUGGCAGCAGCAACAACAACCACAACAACAACAGCCUGCACGCUUGGACACAUUUGUGUUUUGUGCCGGCAAGAAAUGUUGCUGGAUACAUGUUGCUGCCGGCAAGCAGUGGAAGCAGUUGACAGCCCCGCAAGCAGUGACGAAGCGUAUAGCAGUAGCACCAGCAACUGUCAAGCAAGCAGUGAAAUCAGUGCGGAGAAGGUCUGGUUUCUCAGUCAUGAUGAUAUCGUACUGUGCCGCAGACCAAAAUUUGAUGAAGUGGAGACGACGGGUAAAAAGAGGGACGUCAAAUGCCGUGGACAUCAGUGCAGCAAUGAAUGCGACGAUGGCAGCACGAAAAACAAUCGACACCAGCGUGAAAAGUUCAAUAUCUUUAGCAACUGUCACAAUAUUUUGCGAACAUUGCAAUCGCUGCUGCUGCUCAUGUUCAAUUGCGGCAUUUUCAACAAGCGACGCAGGCGGCAGCAUCAGCAGCAGCAGCAUCAUCAUCAUCAGCAUCAUCCGCAGCAUCAUCAUCAGCAGCAUCAUCAGCGGCAGCAAGCCCAUGUUAGUUACACAAAAUUCCUAUUGCUGCUACAAACACUGGCAGCAGCAACCACAAGACUGAGUUUAAGCCCUAAAAACUACAACCAACAACAACUACAGCAUAAUCAACAGCUGCCACGUGCCACACCGCAACAAAAGCAACAAGAGAAAGAUAGGCAUAAGUGCUUUCACUACAAGCACAAUUACUAUUACACGCCUGGCAUUAGCCUUUUGCUCUUUAUCCUACUGGCCAACACAUUGGCCAUCCAAGCGGUCGUGUUGCCAGCACAUCAACAGCACCUGCUGCACAAUGAUAUAGCCGAUGGACUGGAUAAAACGGCGCUUUCGGUGUCGGGGACGCAAUCGCGAUGGCCAAGGAGCGAAUCAAACCCAACAAUGCGACUGUCACAAAAUGUAAAACCUUGCAAAUCCAUGGACAUCAGGAACAUGGUGUCGCACUUCAAUCAGCUGGAGAACUGCACGGUCAUCGAGGGCUUCCUGCUGAUCGACUUGAUAAACGACGCCAGCCCCCUGAACAGAAGCUUUCCAAAAUUGACCGAGGUCACCGAUUAUAUCAUAAUCUACCGUGUGACUGGACUGCACUCGCUGUCAAAGAUUUUUCCCAAUCUGAGCGUCAUUAGGGGAAACAAGCUGUUCGACGGAUAUGCCUUGGUCGUCUACUCGAAUUUCGACCUCAUGGAUUUGGGACUUCACAAGCUGCGAUCCAUAACCAGAGGCGGUGUGCGAAUUGAGAAGAAUCAUAAGCUGUGCUAUGAUAGGACCAUCGAUUGGCUGGAAAUUCUGGCGGAAAACGAAACCCAGCUGGUGGUGCUGACGGAGAACGGCAAGGAGAAGGAGUGCAGGCUUUCCAAGUGCCCGGGAGAGAUCAGAAUUGAGGAGGGGCACGAUUCCACGGCGAUCGAGGGAGAGCUUAACGCCAGUUGUCAGCUGCACAAUAAUAGGCGCCUGUGCUGGAACAGCAAACUCUGCCAGACAAAGUGCCCUGAAAAGUGCAGAAACAACUGCAUCGAUGAGCACACCUGUUGCAGCCAGGACUGUUUGGGUGGAUGCGUGAUCGAUAAGCAUGGAAAUGAGAGCUGCAUAUCCUGUCGAAAUGUGUCUUUCAACAACAUCUGUAUGGACUCCUGUCCGAAAGGCUAUUUUCAGUUCGACAGCCGCUGCGUGACGGCGAACGAGUGCACCACACUGACAAAGUUUGAAACCAACAGUGUGUAUUCCGGUAUUCCAUACAACGGACAAUGUAUCACCCACUGUCCAACGGGGUACCAGAAGUCAGAGAAUAAGCGCAUGUGCGAACCUUGUCCGGGCGGCAAGUGUGACAAGGAGUGCUCCUCCGGUCUUAUCGACAGUUUGGAGCGUGCUCGGGAGUUCCACGGCUGCACCAUUAUAACCGGAACCGAGCCCCUUACCAUCAGCAUCAAACGUGAAAGCGGCGCUCACGUCAUGGAUGAAUUAAAAUAUGGUCUGGCUGCCGUCCAUAAAAUUCAGUCAUCCCUAAUGGUUCACUUGACCUACGGAUUGAAGUCCUUGAAAUUCUUUCAAUCCCUAACUGAAAUUAGCGGCGAUCCGCCGAUGGACGCGGAUAAAUAUGCUUUGUAUGUGCUGGAUAAUCGCGAUCUGGAUGAGCUCUGGGGACCCAACCAAACGGUGUUCAUUAGGAAGGGCGGCGUCUUCUUUCAUUUCAACCCAAAACUAUGUGUCUCCACCAUCAACCAGUUGCUGCCCAUGCUGGCCUCCAAGCCAAAGUUCUUUGAAAAGUCAGAUGUGGGCGCAGACUCGAAUGGAAACCGCGGAUCCUGUGGAACAGCCGUUCUCAAUGUCACAUUACAAUCAGUGGGAGCAAACUCCGCUUUGCUGAACGUCACGACAAAAGUCGAAAUAGGAGAGCCCCAAAAGCCGAGCAAUGCUACUAUUAUAUUUAAGGAUCCGCGCGCCUUCAUCGGUUUCGUGUUUUAUCAUAUGAUCGAUCCGUACGGGAACUCAACUAAAAGCAGUGACGAUCCAUGCGAUGAUCGCUGGAAGGUCAGCUCUCCGGAAAAGAGCGGUGUCAUGGUGUUAAGCAAUUUGAUUCCGUACACUAACUACUCCUACUACGUUCGGACCAUGGCUAUAUCCUCGGAAUUGACAAACGCGGAGAGCGACGUGAAAAACUUUAGGACAAAUCCCGGACGACCGUCAAAGGUGACGGAGGUGGUAGCAACCGCCAUCUCAGACUCGAAAAUUAACGUAACUUGGAGCUACCUAGAUAAGCCUUAUGGCGUGCUAACGCGCUAUUUUAUAAAAGCCAAACUUAUAAAUCGGCCUACUCGAAACAAUAACCGGGAUUACUGUACUGAACCUCUCAUCAAGGCCAUGGAAAAUGACCUGCCAGCCACAACGCCUACCAAGAAAAUACCGGAUCCUUUAGCAGGCGACUGUAAGUGCGUGGAAGGCUCGAAAAAGACUAGCAGCCAGGAAUACGAUGAUCGUAAAGUUCAAGCGGGCAUGGAGUUUGAGAACGCGCUGCAAAACUUUAUAUUUGUUCCAAAUAUUCGGAAAAGCAAGAAUGGAUCGUCUGACAAAUCAGACGGAGCGGAAGGUGCAGCUCUCGAUUCCAAUGCUAUUCCAAAUGGAGGAGCUGGUAACCCCUCCCGUCGAAGGCGAGACGUUGCGCUCGAGCCAGAGCUCGACGAUGUGGAGGGCAGUGUACUUCUUCGCCAUGUGCGCUCCAUCACAGACGAUACCGAUGCAUUUUUCGAAAAGGACGACGAAAAUACAUAUAAAGACGAAGAAGACUUGUCCUCCAACAAACAAUUCUAUGAGGUGUUUGCCAAGGAAUUACCACCAAAUCAAACACAUUUUGUCUUUGAAAAACUGCGCCACUUCACCCGCUACGCUAUCUUCGUGGUAGCCUGUAGAGAAGAAAUCCCCAGCGAAAAAUUAAGGGACACCAGUUUUAAGAAGUCGCUCUGCAGCGAUUAUGACACCGUUUUCCAAACUACCAAGAGAAAGAAAUUUGCCGACAUAGUCAUGGACCUAAAAGUAGAUUUAGAACACGCCAACAACACCGAGUCCCCAGUACGGGUUCGCUGGACGCCACCAGUAGAUCCCAACGGAGAAAUCGUCACCUAUGAAGUGGCCUACAAGCUGCAAAAGCCCGAUCAAGUGGAAGAGAAGAAGUGCAUCCCGGCUGCUGACUUCAACCAGACCGCCGGCUAUUUAAUAAAGCUCAACGAGGGACUUUACAGCUUCAGGGUGCGAGCCAACUCAAUAGCGGGAUACGGCGAUUUCACGGAAGUCGAACAUAUAAAAGUGGAGCCUCCGCCGAGCUACGCUAAGGUAUUUUUCUGGCUACUGGGAAUAGGCCUGUCGUUGCUGAUCGUUUCCCUGUUCGGCUAUGUCUGUUACCUGCAUAAGAGGAAGGUUCCCUCUAAUGACCUCCAUAUGAACACAGAGGUGAAUCCGUUCUAUGCGAGCAUGCAAUACAUCCCAGACGAUUGGGAGGUGCUGCGAGAGAACAUAAUUCAGUUGGCUCCGCUAGGCCAGGGAUCAUUUGGCAUGGUGUAUGAGGGUAUCCUGAAGUCCUUUCCACCCAAUGGCUUGGAUCGCGAGUGUGCCAUUAAGACUGUCAACGAAAAUGCUACGGAUCGCGAGCGGACCAAUUUCCUGAGCGAGGCGAGCGUCAUGAAGGAGUUCGAUACGUAUCAUGUCGUAAGAUUGCUCGGUGUUUGCUCCAGGGGUCAGCCGGCUCUGGUAGUCAUGGAGCUAAUGAAGAAGGGUGACCUUAAGUCCUAUUUGCGUGCCCAUCGUCCCGAGGAGCGGGAUGAGGCCAUGAUAACGUAUCUUAAUCGCAUUGGAGUGACUGGUAAUGUGCAGCCUCCUACUUAUGGUAGGAUCUACCAGAUGGCCAUUGAGAUUGCGGAUGGCAUGGCAUAUUUGGCCGCCAAGAAGUUCGUCCAUCGUGAUCUUGCAGCUCGAAAUUGCAUGGUUGCUGAUGAUUUGACGGUGAAAAUUGGUGACUUUGGCAUGACCCGUGACAUCUAUGAGACGGAUUACUAUCGGAAGGGAACUAAGGGGCUGCUGCCAGUUCGCUGGAUGCCACCGGAGAGCUUGCGAGAUGGUGUCUACUCUAGUGCCAGUGAUGUAUUCAGCUUUGGAGUGGUUCUCUGGGAAAUGGCCACCUUAGCGGCGCAGCCAUACCAGGGACUUUCCAACGAGCAAGUCCUGCGUUACGUCAUCGAUGGCGGUGUUAUGGAGAGGCCGGAAAAUUGCCCUGAUUUUCUCCAUAAACUAAUGCAAAGGUGCUGGCAUCAUAGGUCUUCGGCGAGACCCAGUUUUCUGGAUAUCAUCGCGUAUCUCGAGCCACAAUGCCCCAAUUCACAAUUCAAGGAAGUAUCCUUCUAUCACUCAGAGGCAGGUCUGCAGCAUCGGGAAAAGGAGCGCAAGGAACGCAAUCAGCUAGAUGCAUUCGCGGCAGUCCCCUUGGACCAAGAUCUGCAGGAGCGGGAACAGCAGGAGGAUGCCACCACACCUUUACGAAUGGGCGAUUAUCAGCAGAACUCCUCGUUAGACCAACCGCCCGAAAGCCCCAUCGCCAUGGUUGAUGAUCAGGGUUCCCACUUGCCAUUUAGCCUGCCAUCGGGAUUCAUUGCGAGCAGUACUCCUGAUGGGCAGACUUUAAUGCCUACUGCCUUCCAUAAUAUUCCAGCUGGGCAAGGUGAUAUUUCUUCGGCCUACGUUGUGCCUGAUACAGACGCUUUGGACGGCGACAGGGGAUAUGAGAUCUACGAUCCCAGUCCGAAAUGUGCAGAGCUGCCGACGAGCAGAAGUGGCAGUACUGGCGGUGGAAAACUCAGCGGAGAACAACAUUUGCUGCCAAGAAAGGGUCGCCAGCCUACCAUCAUGAGCAGCUCGAUGCCAGAUGAUGUCAUCGGUGGGUCCUCACUGCAACCGUCGACUGCGUCAGCAGCCAGUUCUAAUGGCAGUUCGCACACAGGACGUCCAAGUCUGAAGAAAACAGUGGCGGAUUCGGUUCGCAACAAGGCAAACUUCAUUAACCGCCACCUAUUUAACCACAAGCGAACGGGCAGUAAUGCCAGCCACAAGAGCAAUGCCUCCAAUGCUCCGAGUACCAGCAGUAACACCAACUUGACAAGUCACCCGGUGGCCAUGGGCAAUCUUGGAACUAUCGAGAGUGGUGGCAGUGGUUCGGCUGGCAGUUAUACUGGAACGCCCCGCUUCUACACUCCUUCAGCCACGCCUGGAGGAGGCAGCGGUAUGGCCAUUAGCGACAAUCCUAACUACAGACUACUAGACGAGUCAAUAGCCAGCGAACAGGCCACCAUCCUAACGACUAGCAGCCCCAAUCCGAACUACGAGAUGAUGCAUCCACCAACCAGUCUGGUCAGUACCAAUCCGAACUAUAUGCCCAUGAAUGAGACUCCAGUGCAGAUGGCGGGUGUGACCAUUAGCCAUAAUCCGAAUUACCAGCCAAUGCAGGCGCCGUUAAAUGCACGCCAAAGCCAAAGCAGCUCCGACGAGGAUAACGAGCAGGACGAGGACGACGAGGAUGAGGACGACGAUGUGGACGACGAGCAUGUGGAGCACAUAAAGAUGGAGCGCAUGCCAUUGAGUCGGCCCAGGCAAAGAGCGUUGCCCAGCAAGACGCAGCCGCCUCGCAGUCGCAGCGUCAGCCAAACGAGAAAAUCUCCUACGAAUCCCAACUCCGGAGUCGGAGCCACAGGAGCCGGAAACCGAUCCAACUUGCUAAAAGAGAACUGGCUGCGCCCGGCGAGUACGCCAAGGCCUCCACCCCCCAAUGGAUUCAUCGGGAGGGAGGCGUAAUCGUUAAGAACCGUAGUACUGUAGAAAAACAUGUAAAUAGAUGAGGAGAAGCAGCAUGGACAUAGAUAGAGUAGCAAGCCUUUGCCGCAAGCCAAGCUUCUUUGAAUUUGACUCUUCUCUAUGCCUGCAAACUAGGGUGGAGGAGAUGUAGGUCCAAAGAUAUUUGUAUUUCAAUAUGACUGGCUAGCAAUCCAUUGUAACUUUUCUAGCGAUGAAGCUUCGAACAAGAAGUUGAUUCUUUAGUUAAAAUUUUGCAUUAAUAGAAAAUUAAGAACUUUGUGUCAGUCUUGGUAAAAGAAAGCACUUUUCCGUAGAUGGAUGACUCUUCUUGGUGUCGAACCAAAAUUGUACAUUUUAGAUUCAUAGAGCCUAAUUUUCAAUUCUCAAUUGUUCUCACAAUUGUUCGACGAUUAUGCAAACGACUAUAUGGAGACGAAGAUAUGGAAUCAAAGGCUUAAUUUGCUGAGAACGAGCCAAAAAGAUUGCUAACCGCCUUUACGAUUCUUUGUUCAAGCCAUCGAACCACCCUAACCGCGCAUGUAUAAUACCAAUAGUUUCGAUUAAGCCUAUUUAUGUUUACGUAUUCGUUUAGUAUUUACUCUACAUUUUUUGUUUGUUUAAAUUAAUGCACUAGAGCCGUUAACGCAAUACAAAACGAGAGCAGAGAACGAUAGUGAAAGCAAAAACAGAAGAAACAGAAAACAAGAAAACAAGAAAACAAAUAAAAGCAAAACAAGUCCUACAUGCAAAUAACAAAAGUACAAAAGCCAACAACCAACCAACCUAAGUACCGUUUAAAUAGACAUACAAAUUCUACCAAUUAUAACUUAUAACUCAUACCUACUACGUAUAUUAAUUAUGAUAAUUUUAGUACCUACCAAAUCGCUUAGAGCAAGGCGAAAGUAAGUGAGAACCGCAGCAAAAACAGAAAUAGAUGAACUCUACAACAGCAAACAAGCAAUACAAAAACAAAACAGCAACUGUCUUCACUGAGUUAGCUAGCAAUAGUUAUAAUUAUCCAAACACCCGAACUACACGUAACUAGGUUUAAAUGUUACUCAGCUAAUUUUACAUGCAUGUCGAAGAGCCUUGCAGUUUUUAGCGCGUUUUACCCCCUGAUUUUUAUUUAUAUUUACACCUACAUUUAUGUUAAGCAAUUGGUAAGCAUUGCUUGAUUGUUCAUACUUCACUUACAAUAUCUUCUAUUUUUUAUUGCGUAAUUAUAGUAUUUAUUGAUUAGCCGGCGAGAGUUUGCUCUGCUCUAGGAGUACCACUUUCAACACUUGGUUCAUCACUUUCAAGCGAAAGCAGGGCACAGCAGCAAGUGCAUGCGGAGAGACUUUUGUUAAAUAUUUUUUUCUAAAUCAAUUUUUUGGAAGCCAAGCUUCGGAAAAGGAGUUUAAGAGAAAGAGGAACCCAUAACGUAAUUUCAAACUGAGAGCUUAACUAACUAAUGCAUCAUGAUUAUUGUAUACAAUCUGCUGUCGUUUUUUAUACAACACUCGCUAUAUACGAAGAAGAAGCAUUUUAUGUACUAACUAUAGAUGAAAGCAACACUUAACGAAACAACAACAGCAACAAGAAAAAAAAAAGGAAAAUCCA